AUGCGCUGUCUUCUCGUACUUGCUGCUGCGGUUGCUGUAGUCACGGCUCGUGCUAUCGAGGGGGUUUCCAGCGGCUUCGUCUCUACCAGCCAGAGUCCCAGUUUACCGAGCAGCUUCAAAUGGAGCUCGAGUGGUGCCCUUGUCGGACCCAGGAAUGACGGCCGGAAUGUUGCUGGUAUCAAAGACCCGUCUAUCGUCUUCUACAAGAAUGCGUACCACGUCUUCGCCAGCACGGCGCAGGCCUCGGGCUACAAUCUCGUCUACUUCAACUUUACCGACUUCUCCAAGGCUAAUGCCUCGACAUUUUACUACCUGGACCAGUCAGCAAUUGGCACGGGAUAUCGUGCCGCUCCCGAGGUCUUCUACUUCGCGCCGCAGAAGCUGUGGUACCUGAUCUAUCAGAACGGCAACGCAGCAUACUCGACGAACAAAGACAUCAGCAACCCAGCUGGCUGGACGGCGCCGAAGGAUUUCUACACCGGCACACCGCAAAUCAUAACCGACAACAUUGGCGAUGGAUACUGGGUGGACAUGUGGGUGAUUUGCGAUGCAUCGGCCUGCCACCUCUUCUCCUCAGACGACAACGGGCACCUCUACCGGUCGCAGACGGCAGUGGGCAAUUUUCCAAACGGAAUGAGCGAGCCAGUCAUCGCGCUCAACGACACGCGCAACGCGCUCUUCGAGGCCUCCAACGUCUACCACGUCGACGGAGGCAAGUACCUGCUGCUCGUCGAAGCCAUCGGUAGCGACGGAAACCGGUACUUCAGGUUCUGGACGAGCGAGAACCUGGCGGGACCUUGGGCGCAGCUGGCAGCGACCGAGGCGAAUCCGUUUGCGAGGCAGAACAACGUGGUGUUUAGUGGGACGCCGUGGACAAAGAGUAUCAGUCAUGGGGAGGUAGUUAGGACGAACGUCGAUCAGACAUUGACUAUCAGUCCAUGCAAGUUGAGGUAUCUGUAUCAGGGGUUGGAUCCGAGUGCAGGUGGAGACUAUAAUAGCUUGCCGUGGAGGCUGGGGCUGUUGACGCAAAUGAACUCGGCUUGCUGA